AUGGAGAAGUCCCUGGACUUGGCCAACAUGACUAGGGUUCAGCAAUUCAUUUUGCUUGGCUUAUCUACCAAGAUGGAGAUAAGGGAUGCCCUGUUUGCCGUCUUCCUGACCCUCUACCUGCUGACUCUCCUGGAGAACACGCUCAUCAUCUACCUCAUCUGCAGUCACAGCGAGCUCCACAAGCCCAUGUACUUCUUCCUGGGCAACCUCAGCUGCCUGGAGAUGUGCUACGUGUCAGUGACCAUGCCCAGCUUGCUUGUGGGACUGUGGACUGGACCCUAUCAUAUCUCUUUUGUGGCUUGCAUGACCCAGCUCUUCUUCUUCGUAUCCCUCAUCUGCACGGAGUGCACCCUCCUGGCCUCCAUGGCCUACGACCGCUACGUGGCCAUCUGCCGCCCCCUGCACUACCCACUGCUCAUGAGGCCCCAGGUCUGCCUGGGCUUGGCCCUGUCUUCAUGGAUAGGUGGACUGGUGGUCUCAGCAAUUAAAACUAAAUGCAUUGCCAGCCUGACCUACUGUGGCCCCAAUGUCCUCAACCAGUUCUUCUGUGACGUCUCCCCUCUGCUCAACCUGUCCUGCACCCACGUGGCCCUCACAGAGCUGGUGGACUUCAUCUCUGCCAUCGUCAUCUUCUGUGGAACGCUCCUGGUGGCCCUGGCCUCCUAUUCAGCCAUCGCGGUGACCGUGCUCCGCAUGCCAUCGGCCGCUGCCCGGCGCAAGGCCUUCUCCACCUGCGCCUCGCACCUGGCUGUGGUGGGCAUCUUCUACUCGGCAGCUCUCUUCAUCUACUGCCGCCCCAGCCGCAUCAAGUCCAUGGACCUCAACAAGGUGCUGUCCGUCAUCUACACGGUGGUCACCCCCAUGUGCAACCCCGUCAUCUACUGUCUGAGGAACAGGGAGGUCCACGCUGUGCUGCGAAAGACCCUCCACUCAUCUUGA